UGGAUCGAAACAACGCAGUACAGGAGUCCGCUUGGUAACCGCUUGAUCGACGGAUCGUGCACGGAUUGUUACAAGUGCAAGGGCAAUGGCAAUGGUGUAUACCUUGUACAGUACAAGUCACUCGAUGGUGUCGUGUGGUGUGCGGUGCAGUUUGGAGGUGUACGGUGCGGUGCUGUACGCCGUCUUCCUGUUUCGCUCGACGACGCUCUAUUUCUGACGAGCGCCAAGGAACAUCGACAACGUUUGUCUGGACGUUUUCUCAUCGAACGUCAAUUGUGCAAUGUCGUCGAUUCGCGAACGGCGCUGAAGAGCAAAAAGGUCAGGAUGCUGAGCAGCUUGGCAAACUACUUACUCGGAGGUAAUAUCUUCGGCUCCGGCACACAGGACUCUCGGGAAGGGUCCAAUAACGAAACCCCGGAGUCCCUUCCAGUAAUGGCGAGGCUCAAUCAGGUGGAGGUUGAGGGCGAUGAGUGGAUCCUCAUUGACCGUGCUGUUGAGGGUGCGACGACGCUGGAGGAGUCGUGGUAUGUAACGCCACCCCCAUGUUUUACACGGGCGGGACCCGUAAACGUGGAAACAUCUCCGCUGGAGAACCUGCUGAUCGAGCAUCCCAGCAUGUCCGUAUACCGAGCCACGACUCUUACAGUCGCCCCCGACACUCCACCGCCAACGCCGGAUGCAUCGGAAAACAGAGACGUCGAGGAGGACGUUUUACCUUCUAUCGUUUCCGGUGUACCGGCCACGGCGGCAGCCUCGUUGAACCGUAGACCGAGAAGAAUCGUCAGCGAUCAAGAAAUUUACAGACCCUCUAUUCACGGCGGAAGACCCGCCGUCGGACGUGUCAGCACCGAGAAGAGGAUAGUCCAGAGUCGCUCGGCGCAGAAGGUUCUCGAGAAGAGGUCUACCCAGGCGCUAAAGAGGGGCCGUCUAGAGAGGAGCAACAAACUGACGGAGGUGUUCAGCGGUAAAGGCAGACGUCCCCGCCGGCAAGACCGCUUGCGCGUCCAGAACAGUGGCGCAAACAACAACCGGAAAUGCUAGUCAUUCGAUCUCAGGCCAAGGUGUACUCAAGUACCUUCUUCCUAAAGUAAACAAAAACAAAAAAAAAACACGCAAACAAGACACGCAAGAAAGCAAAAAAAAAUGCAAAAAAUGAAGAAGUAACGAUGACGCGAACUAAUCUUACAAUUAGUUUAAUCCCUAUCGUGUUCUUGUUCGUUGGCACGUGUCGCAACGACGUAUCACACACAUACAUACACACACACAAACACACACACACACACACACACACACACACACACACACA